AAAUGUGUACUUAAGUGACAUUGCACUUAUUGGUUGCUGUGAAAUAUGUGUAUUAUUUCAGUUUCAUAGACUACACGUUAAAUGUAAUAGGCCUAAGGGAAAAGUUGUCUGCCAGUAAACAAUCCUGAAACUCCACGUUAUUUAAUUUCCCCUAAUUGUAUGUACCGUCAUGAAAAGUAUUAAGGAGUUUAAUUACUCUAACCAAUUUGCCACAUGCAUGUUAAAUGCUGUAAAAAGACACAAAAGCGGGAAUAUAACUAAACCGGUGUCAUUGCAGUGAAUGAAAAAGAAAAUACGCCCAUCAACCAUUUAGCCCAUACUUAUGAUAAGCCUCCUAAUCUGAAACAUCUCUUUUCAUAAGCCAGCCUUCCUUAAAAUGCCACCCACUGCAUCGGAAGCCCAGCUUUCCUGUCGCACCGCAGCCUCGCUACCCACUGGUUCAUUUAAUUAAGUAUUAAGACCAAGAGUAUGGACACUCGGAAGAGAAGACGAAAUCGCCUCAUCGCGGCUGUCUGCACGACACUCCUUCUGCUAAUAAUCCUCGCUAUUUGCGUGGGCAUAAUAUUUAGAAGUAAUAAUGGAGCCUCAUCAAGCGAAGAUUUAAAAACCAACAUUACUUCCCGAUGCGAAACUUUCUUAAAAAAUAACGAUCUAGAUUCAAGUGAGAGCAUCUGCAACACUCUGUGGAUGACGUUCACAAAAGCCUUUGUGGGUCAGGACCCGUGCGCCGUGCCCCCGGAGGCUUACAGGCAACUGUUCCAGUCCAAAUAUCCCGCCUGCAACAGGACUCUCUUCUGGAGCAAAACAAAAGAAAUCAGUCAUAAGUACACUAAAGAGAAGAAGUGCUUGGAGACACUGGAGGACACCCUGCUGGGAUCUGUCAUGGAUGGGCUGACCUGGUGUGGGAAGAACAACAGUAACGAAAUCUUUACCUCUGGGUGUCCUGCCUGGACAGAAUGCACGAUGAAUCCAGUUCGGUCAUUCUGGAACUGGUCCUCUGGCAUGUUUGCAGAGCACACCUGCGGAGCAGCCACAGUCAUGCUGAACGGCUCCAUCGCCACCCCGUUCGACCCCAGCAGUUUUUUUGCCAUUGAAGUGGGAAGGUUAAUCUACCCCAGGGUGAGCGGUCUGACUGUGGUCCUGGUCACCCAAAAGAAUGUGACAAGCUGUGAAAAUGACUCUUUGCAGAACCUUCAGAAAGUCCUGGAUCCAUCGCUAAAAUACAGCUGCAAAGUCAUUCCGCAGUCACAAAUCCUGGACUGCAUCUCAGACCCCCAUACGCCUUGUGGUAAAUGCUGGUGACACUGACCAAUAAGAAAUGUGAAAAACGAGUUCUCCAAUCAAGGAGCUGGGACAAGUCAGCAGGUUUAAAAUUUAAAUUGGGAAGGGUUUGCACCACUAUUUUGUGUCAUUGUAAGGGAGAUUUUUUGUUUGUAUUUUUCAGAAAAUGUCUUGCUUAUAUUGGGCCAGUUUUAGUGAGAUUUCCUCUGUGAUACUCUUCAUAAUUCAUAGUCCUUGAUAGUUUUCUGUGGCAACAUGAAUCAGUCUUUAGGGCAACAUGGUGGUUUACAGCCCUGACCAGAAGGUUUUGGGGUUGUAUCCUGUGGCUGGCAGCGUAAUCACAAUCCCGCUAGGCCCUUGACUAAGGCCCUUAAUCCCAAAUGUUAUUGGGGCAUUGCAUGCUAGCCAAUCCUGUGCUCUGACCCAAAAAUUGCAUUUCUCAUGGAGAGCAAGAUGGAGUAUGUGGAUAUCUGACAAAUCCCAAUGUACCUCUUAUAACCCCUCCUGUUCAUUGCUGCCCCCUAGUGGAGCUCAUGUUGGCACUCAUCUUACUCAAUGACUGUAACUUCAUGGUUAGCUAGACCAGUGAUUCUCAACCUUUUUUGCACUGCGACCCAAUUUUUACCAUCCCAGCUCGGUCAUGACCCUAUAUGAAGUAUAGGUUUAAAUUAUGGCUAUGAUCAAGCAUGCAGUGCACUCUGCAAUUUACGGCAAUCAAUAACUAUCGCAUAAAUCUGAUUGGAUGUGCGAGUGAAUUUUUAAAUAAGCACCUGUGGUUCAGCUUCUUGGACUGGUUGAGUUCUCACUAGUUUUGCGCUAAGCAUUUGCAGACCCAAGACCCGAUUAUAUAGGUCAAUUCUAGGA